ACGUGGCUGUAAAGGGACGGCUGGUAGCGGCCCUGUGUGCGUGGUCGGCCGCCGACAGCACAGAGCGGCUGUGUCUCCGUCAGUCUCGGUCCACGUCUGACAGUCCGGCGGCUCGGGCCGAGUUAUGUAGCGGUCGGUGCGCUUCUGACCAGCGGCUUCAGUCUGCUGCAGGAUUCAGUCGCAAGUCGAGAUCCGCUGAUUCUCGGUUCGACCAUGACAACAGCCUCGACUACCCCCCAGCAGCUGAGAGACAGGCUGCUGCAGGCUGUGGAUGAACAGAGUCAUAUCCGCAACAUGGGGGCAGUUUUGGAUGUUAUAUCCAACCUAGAGAAAUUUCCAAUAACCAAGGAGGCACUUGAGGAAACCCGGCUUGGGAAGCUGAUAAAUGACUUGAGAAGGGGCACCAGGGAUGAGGACCUAGCUAAACGUGCCAAGAAACUUCUGCGUACCUGGCAAAAGCUGAUUGAGCCUCAACAAAAUGAAAAAUUGCCAAAAGAACUUUUAAGCACAGCUAAUGGAUGCAUCCACGCUCCAUCGUUGCCUGUUACCAGAUCUGUCCAGGGUGCCACAGAGAUGGACAGAAAGCUUGUUUUGCACAAUAGCUACACUUCUAACACUGACAGGGUUCAACUUAUUAAUCACAAAUGUGAGCAGAAAGCAGAAGACAACCCAAGCCACAAGUUAAAGGUUUCAAAAACAUCAGCCUAUGGACAGAUAUCUGCCCUAUCGUCAGCCAGUGGAAAUGUCGGCUGUCCAGACACUUUUCCUGGUGCAUCUCUUCCAGUGAAGGCCAGUACUAUCAAGUUUCAACUCCCUUCUCCUGAUCGCAACAAACAAUCUAAUGCUCAUGCAGUCCUUAGAACUUCAGUAUUGCAACAAUAUGGACAAAGGGACAGAGCUGUUACAAAAAAGGAGCAGCAAAAAUUACAAAAUCACCACACUGCUUCUAGUCCUAGAACAGCAAAGCCAGUUGGAGCAACCAAGCGGCCAGCACCGUUUGCUGGAUCUGACUCUGAAAUGUUUUCUGCUCUUCCGUUAAACUCUUCUGUCCAUGGUAUUCACACAGAGAGUCAGCAAACAAAAGAGGCCAUUCCGCACUAUAAUGAUAAUGAACCUCUUGAAAACAAAGAGCGAGCGCUUGAACAAAUGCAUAAUUUGCAAAAUAAGUCCAAAAGCUUAAAACGGCCUCACCCAGGCUUACUCAGCGAAGUCACUAAUGUAGAAUCUGAAAAAGACGUCAAACCCUUCGAGGCAAAGAGGAGGAAACAUCAGUCGAGAGACUAUGCUGUCAGUCAGGAAGGGCAUUCAGCAGAGGACAGCAAGUCUGCUCGCUUAAAGAAUCGUACAUUAACAUUUGACCCCUUUACACAACAAAUUAGACCUUCAGCAGUCAACCAGAUUGAGGAGCAGCACAGUUUAGUGGUGGAUCUUGGUGAAUCUGACUAUCUUAAGCAAAGUCCUUCUGCUGCAUCACCCAGCACUUUACACAAGACGAACUGGAAAGACCUAUCCCAGAAUGAAAUUGUAAAAUAUUACUUAAACCUCCAAAAUAACUUGCUAAAGACUUCUGGAAGUCAAACCCCAGGGUCACACACUUUUAUGACUGAGUACUUGAAACGUGAAGAAGACCAUAUGAUGGACUCCAACAAAGUCUGCCUUUUAGUGCCAAGUGUCUCCGAGACAGACCUUCCAGGAAAAAGCCGAGACGUUGUGCCUGAAGACCUCAACAGAAUACAUGAUCAGCACUGGUCAGGUGUUAAUGGAUGUUAUGACAGUAAAGGCAACUGGUAUGGUUGGACAGACUGCAUAUCAUUGGAUACAUAUGGGGAUGGAAGUAAACUAAAUAUUCUGCCCUAUGUUUGCAUAGACUAAAAUCACUUAGUCACUAAAAGAUAAGUCUCAGGACAAAACUUUAGACCUGGUCCAGAUUUAUGUUUAUGUAUUAACUGUUUUCUAACUUUUUGUAUCUAUUUAUUCUCACUGUUUGUGUUUGUUUUGGGUUGUUAAACCAGGUAAUAAGAGAGGGGGAAUUGGGUUGUUUAAGCAGAUAUUUGCCUCUGGUACACUUUGUUUGGCCCAGAUUUAUGGCAUAGUGUGUUGUUUUUCUAGUAUUUUUAUCUAUUUAUUCUGACUUUUUUUGGAUGUAAGCACUAUUGUAUUGGUAUAAAAGAAUCAUGGGUGGGUAUGAUGUGCAGGUGUUUUUCUGGAAGAGAAAACCUAUGAUUUAAACAAAUCCUACUUUACUGUAGUAAAUUUAAGUAAAUUUAAGUAUGUGAAUUGUUACAGCUGCUAGCAGCAAUAACAGUGGUCAAACAGGGACACCACAUGAAGAGUGCAAUGAAAGUAAGAUUGGUGCAGGUUUUCUAAAAUAAAUCAUAAUAUAUGGAAGGUUACUUUAGUUGCAUUUACAGGGCUGUUUUCUUUCAAUGGUCUAUAAUAGGAAUGUGAUCCUUUAAAAGUCUGUUUGCAUGUAUUACUAAAUAAUUUUCAAAGUAUUUUAUUCACAAUAAGAUGUAACAGAAUUUACUAAUAUGAUUUGUAUAAUUUUUUCUGUCAAUAAAGCGGCUCUCCAACAUCCCUACAAAUAUAA